UGCUAGAAAACAACACUGUACUGAACAUUAACAGUGUGUGCUAGCAAAACAAGACAAUGCAAGCAGCUGUGAUAGUGGUAGUAGUCAUUUUGCUGUUGGGUGUGAGACCUUCAGUGACAGAAAAUAAGGGUAAACCAAAAGGUUCAAAUGAUGUAGACAUGCCCAAUGUGGUCUUUAUGAUGGCUGACGACUAUGGCUAUGGCGACGUAGGCUACAACAAUGGCCCUGCGGAGACUCCCAACCUUGAUGCAAUGGCGGCUAGUCCUCACACCCUCCACCUCACCCGCUAUUACAGUGGAGGACCAGUCUGCUCCCCCACACGAGGCACAGUGCUCACUGGACGCAAUCACAACAGAUACUGCAUCUGGUCAGCUAAUGCUGGCAGCAACAAAGACGACUUUGCAGUACCAGAGAAAAUGCCCCUUCCUCCAACGGAGAUAACGAUUCCCGAAUUACUGAAGCCACUCGGUUAUCAGUCAGCUAUCUUCGGCAAAUGGCACUUGGGGGAUGUAAAAGCAGUGCCUGGAGGCAACAAAAAAUGGAACGUGUCUCAUCCUGGUAUGCAUGGUUUCAACGAGUGGCUUGUCACGGAGCGAUCUGCUCAAAACUAUAACCUCAACUGUGCUUGCUACAAUGAUACGGAUCGUCUUUGUGCCCUAGGGCAUUACACCACACCACCACCUUGUUAUAACUACUACACCAUACACGACCCUAAUGUUGGACUAGAAACUUUAUCUUACCCAGUGCAAGGAGAUGAUUCUCACUUUAUUGUGGAUUUAUUCACUGAAUUUCUCAACAAAACUAUAUCCGAAAAGAAGCCGUUUUUCAUCUAUUUACCGUUCCAUGCAGUUCACAUUCGUUACAUAGCCUCGUUAGGCUAUAUAGAACGCUACAUGGGCAAGAACUACACUCAAAACGAGAUCGAUUACUAUGGUAGCAUAACGGCCAUGGACGAUGCUAUUGGUCGAGUGAAAACAGUCUUAGAGAAGUUUAACGUCACUAACAAUACUAUGUUAUGGUUCACAAGUGAUAAUGGGCCCCUCAAGUCAUCACCUGGUCGCACUAACGGAUUGAGAGGAUGGAAAACAGAAUUGUACGAAGGUGGCAUUCGCGUGCCUGGUUUAAUUGAAUGGCCGGCAAUGAUUAAAAAAAACAUAGUGUCCGAUUUUCCCGUUAUUUCUAGUGAUUUGUUGCCAACACUCUGCGAUAUCGUGGGGGUGGAGCCACCUACCGAUAGGCCAAUCGAUGGUGAGUCAAUAGUUCCGUUGUUGAAAGGAGAAUCAAAGGUCAGAAACGAUUCCAUCAAGUGGGCAUUCAACAUUCAUGACAAUUUUGAAGGGUCUUAUCAUGCUGUCAUUAGUAACAAUCAGUACAAGAUAUUUGCCGAGUAUGACAUGGGAAAGGUGAAAUCGGCACAGCUGUAUGAUCUGCUGAAUGAUAAAGGAGAGACUACGGACAUAUCGGCAAAGAAUCCCGACAUUUUCGAGGCACUAAAGAAAGAGCUAGAAGAUUGGAGGCAGUCUGUUCAGACAAGCGCUAAAGACAAAGUUCAAUGUAUGGGAUUGUCUCGUAAUUAGUUUAUAGUUGUGCAGUCGUUGUACUGUUUAUUACCUGUUGUAAAAUUAUACUAACAUUUAUACUUGUGAAGGAAAGUUGUGUUACAGUUUAGUUACUGUGUAAUGAGGAAUUAUCGUGUCUAAUAUUCAUUAUACUGUGCACUUGAA